AUGCUAGCAGCCAUACUCAGCGGCGGUGGUUCAGCUCUUCUCUUCCUUGUUCCACUGUACGCUGACCCAGCCUUGAGUGCUCUAGCCGCUGACUUUGACCCAGUUCCUGCUGAAUGUGUGACGGAAAGACGCGACGAUCGACUCGGACUGGAUAAUUGCACAUGGGCGUCUUGCAGAGAAGGUUGCACGAGCGAUGCUUAUAAAUGUACGCAAUUACACGUGAAAUACAAAGCCUACGACGAGGAAUGGCGGCCAGCUGUUUUAUACGUCAACAUUAAGGGAUGCGGUUAUCCUCCCGCCGUCGACUGCGACAAUUUCACAAUUAGCCACGGAUAUGUUGGAGCACGGUAUCCCUGUUAUUGGUCGAGAGCGGACACAUCUGUUGUAGUACCACGUUGGUCCAGGGCAGAACAAGUUGCCGUUGUCACAAGAACACUGGCGUUGCCUCUGUUUCUUUCGGGAUGUGCUGGGCUUGGCCUCUGCGCUUUGCAUUGUGAGUGUAGACCAAGACGACGCCGUCGCCCCCCACGUCGCCCGCCUCGCUUGCCAACACUAUCGCCGGACGAAACAUCGGUAUAUAGACUAGGUUAG